AUGAGUAUCUCUGUCCCGAGCUGUUUAUCAUUUUUUGUGGACACCUUCUUCUACGCUUACCUGCAACAAUCAUGGUACUCUCUAAAAUUCACAGCUAGCUCUGUGAUAUCUCUUUUCCUUAUGCACCCCGGGAGUUGGACGAGUCAAAGAUUAUCGGAAAUUUACAGCUUUGAUAAUCCUGAAGAUCAACCCCUUCAAACAAUUGAAACGAGACGCGGAUCUUCUCUGAAUGCUCAAACGGACAAGCCUGGACACUCUCGCAAUACUAAACCAUCUCCAUCCCCCAACGAUCCUAGUCGCAAUCUCCCAGAAAUUAGGUGUAGCAUGACUGGGGUUGUUCUUGAUAUGGGAGAAGGCAAGGGUGUUAAACAAGCUAAGCAAUAUCAACCUGGGCAGAUCAAAGACCUCGACGAUCUGGCAUAUACGAGCCAAAUAAGUCGGCAAACCUUGGAGAACGGGAUCCAAGUCUUUGAAAGCCUGGACAGCAAUAAAAGGAUUAUUCCUUACUUUCAAACGUCCCAGUAUGGGAUUGAGAGCCAGUGCAGAAGGAGAUCUUGA